AUGUGGUGUUUCGGCAGCUUUCCUGCUCAUGAUGGAAUUCUUUGUCUCGUGACCAACCCUUCGUGAAACUGUCGCAAGUUAAUAAACGGUGCCAAAGGAUCGCAAGAACCCAUGCCUGCAACAAUUCCUUUGCGGGUUUUAGCAGCCGUUCUCUUGGUUCUCACAGGAGCAUUGAUAAACACGUUAGGAGCAAAGGUGGCCGAGAAAACAAGAUGUUUUCGCGCUUGCGGUCUGGACAAAAAGAUGUCUCUCACAAAGCCACCUCAGGUACUAAAUUCAGUCCUCUGCAACCGGUGUCUCAGAAGGAGAUCAGCGAAGCACACCUUUGUGGAAAAGACAAUCUUUCAGCGCCGAAAAAGAUCAACCUUUUCGGAUAAUUGCCCGGGCAAAGUGAAUGAAUCAACACCAGUGCCUGAAGAACAGUUUUCUUCACGACCUUUUGUAGCUAUUCGACGAUACAAAGAUACGGACAACUGGUUCGCAGACGUUUCAUGGGAUCCACUUAAUGAUACUAAUAAAUACUUGAAAGGACAUCUAAUUAAGUUAUCAGUUGGUCCUGGGCCAGACAUAUUUUGCACUGUACUUCCAAAGAAUCAAACUUCCCUCAGAAUAAACAUCUCGCAGUAUGGUUAUCAAUACCCAGAUUAUAUAGAACUUGGGAUCCUCAGCAUCCCUCAUAAUACAGGAGGCUUCGCAUUGAAAAGUUAUGAUAGUCCAUUACCAUCAUCAGAAUUAUCACCAACCACAUCUACAAAGAGAGAAACGGCGACAAAGGCAACAACGGCAACGACGUCAACAACAACAACAACGGCAACAACGACAACGACAACGGCAACAACAACAACAACAACAACGGCAACAACGACAAGAGCUUCCACUACAAGUGAUAAAACAACGAGAGUUUAUACUUUGUUUAAGUCUUCUUCAGCAUCAACUGCGCAGGGAACCCUCUCUAACAAAGAUAACAACAAAGCUAUCAGAUAUGUUUUCAUAUCUGCUGUUAUCCUUGUUGGUCUACUGGUAGGAAUACUGGUUAUUAUUUUUCGCAGAAAGUUCGUGUCGCGGCCCAUGGAACACACUUCUGUCUCAGCAGGGUCUAGAAUAACAUUGUCCAGCAGUUCGGGAUCUGAGGAGAAAGAGUUGGAUAGUCCAGGAGCGGAGAGCUACGUAUUCAUUAUGUUUAACGAAAGAGACUGUAAAUGGAUGAAAAACAAAAUUCUACACCUUCUUGAAAAACAACAUAAACUAAAAUGCCGAGUUCACUACAGAGACUUUUACCCUGGGAGAGUUUUUUAUGAGACUAUGUCAGAGAGUGUAUACGCAAGCUACAAAAACAUAGUUGUUUAUUCAAAGAACUUUUUAAAAAGUACUAACUGUUGUUAUGAGCUGGAACAAGCGGAGCAACGACUUUUAAGCGAAAAUGACAACAGUCUGGUCAUCAUAAGAAUUGAUGACGCAGAUUUACAAGAGCUUCCUAGAACGUUGCAGAAUAGAAGCGUGAUCGACUAUGACAGUAAUCAUGAAAAACCUUAUUGGGAAAAAAAGCUCCUUCAGUUUCUAAAGGUGCCCGUUGCGGUUAGAUCAGAGAGAAAAAUAGCAACAGUAAUGACAGGCAGACCAGCCGCAUCUGAGGCGAAAAAUGCCCUAGCAAUAACUCGGUACAACAGGCUUGACAGUACAAAAAGCGAUGACACCGUAAUAUCCUCUGUGUAACAGUCUAUUAUAAGUGAAGAUUGGCAUAUAAAGAAUUUGCGCGCGUUUUCUCACAAUUACCGAUGGCUUGUUGCUCAAGUAACGACGGGUUGAUUCCAGAAAACGAAGGACUGAGAGGAAUAUUGCGAAGGAAAAGGGUGAACCUAAGCAAUAACAACAGCAAUAUUGAGAGUACAGUAAAAGUAUCAACUGUAAAAAUUGGCAGUGCAGGAACUCUGACUAACAGCACUGAUAGUGAUUACACCGAAGUAGUUUUUUUUAAGCCAGAUAAAUCGCUAUGUGACAGACGAGAUGGAUCUUGAAAUUCUGGUACUGAGGCUAGAGAUUUCUUUUUUUAUUUGUAGUAAAGAAAACUUAUAGCUCAAUCUUGUGCUCUUGGAUUUCCUCAAGGACAAUAAUAACGACGUAUGCGCAUGGAAUAAAACGAUUGCUUUAAAAAAGGAAAGGACGGCGAUUCUACAUGGGAAAAUUUGAAAAAAAUGUAUAUAUAUCAACGAGAUUAACAACAAAACCACAAAGGAGUAAUUUUGAAGCGCCUAACACUUUACCCUAAUUAUAGAUUGGAUUUUUUCAUUUUAGAGAAAACCGUUUUAAACAUUUCUUCUCAUGUCAACCAUGACAGGUACAUAUGUAUAAACACGUGCAUGGACAUUCAACCAAUUAUCAAACGCAAUAUCAUUAAGCUGCGUGUUGUAGUAGUUAUGAUUAUGUUUUAGGGAUUUAGGCUAAACUCUCUGACUUAAGGAUUCCCAGACAAACAUAUUCCUAGAAUGUCAGCAGGUUGUAUAAUCUUCAUUGGGUGAUUAUUUAUAACAGUGGGGAGCCGCAGUCGCAAACACACUUGAAAAGAUACAUACAUGUAUAUACAAAUAAAUGAAUAAAAGAUGAAUAACUAAACAAACAAUACAUAAAUGAAUUGUAAAAAUGGAUGAAACUGUAAUUUUUCUUUUGAUAUUACUUUAAUAAACUAAUG